GUGUGCCGUGUCCGUGCUGCGCUGGUCGAGCCGACCACGAGAAGUUCGCAACGCACCAUGUCAUAGUUUUACUCUCACGAACCAAGCUCUGCAUCCUCGUUUAGCGAGCAACGGGAAGGAGGGAGAGCAGAGAGCACGCACGCACGGCACUACCGAUUCGCCGGGCUGGAUCUCAUGGUGAUUCGCUCGCUCCUCGCCGUCGUCGCGCUGCCUCGCUUCGCUGGUGCCGGGCGGCCGCGUUGGCAAGGAGAGGGAGCAGUGCCACCGGCCGUUUCGUCGUCGCGCCGGCGCGGCGGGAGAGGCUCUUCCGGGGAAGGGGAAGGAAGGGUGGUACGGCGCAGCCGGCCCUGGCCGACGCCGCCGGCGCAGGAACAGAAGAGGGUCGUGGAGAGACCCGCGCUCGUGAGGGUUUGGGCCUGGCGGGCCGGGCCGAGAAAAGAGCCCGCAAGCCCAGCUAGUGCCCAAAGCCCGGUAAGGCGAUGGCGUGUCAGGCUGGCACCUUGAAAUACUUGGCGCCCGAAGGUAACCGUCUCAACUCUCAACAAACAUCGCUCAUCUCGCCUCUCCUCUCCUCCUCUUCACCCCCUCGCCGGAGCCCACCUCUCCCUCCACCUCGCAGCGGCCACCGCCUCUGCUCUUCGGCGGUCCAGCAGCGCCGACAGCGACCGAUGGACCAGUUCCCCCCCGACGGGUACCCCGUGCGGCUGCGGAGCGCCGUGCACGGCACCUACCUCCACGCCGACAAGGACGGGCAUGGCGUCUCACUCAGCCGUCGUCGGGCGUCCAUGAAGGUGGCGUGGGUGGUGCACCGCUACUUCGGGGACGACCAGCACGUGCUCCUCCACAGCGCCGCCUACGGCCGCUACCUCUCCGCCACCCAAGCCUCGGCGCCGCGUGACUGCCCCGGCUUCCGCGUCGCGCUGCGUAACUACGACGAGCUUGAGGAUGAGGCCAUCAGGUGGCAGCCCUUCAGGGUCCAGCCCGGGGCCGAGAUCCUGCUCUGCCGCCACGUCGCCCAGGGCGACCGCCACGGCUACCUCCGCGCCAACGGCAAGUACCUCCCCUGGAACGGUAGCAUCGUCAGCGUCCACGAUGUCGACAACAUCAGCACCAUGAUGCGGUGGGUGGUGGAGCUCGUCCCCAGCAGCGAGCGCAUCCCCCGCCUUCCACGUCCGUCUAGGCUCCACCUCUCUGUCCUGCUGUCGUCGCGGUCGCGGAUGGUGGUGUUCACGGUGAACGGCGAAUGGUGCUACGCUGCCGCCGUUAAUUUCAGUUUCAGGGGAAGGUUCGUGUACCACCUGAGGAACGAGCUGGCCACACGGCUGGGCAUCCCAGGGAACGUCUCCAACAACCUCGUCAUGUACGUCCGAGCGGGCAGAUACGGGCGCAUUACCCCACUCGUCGCCAACCUAUCCCACAGCACAGAGAUCCUCGUAAUCACGGGCGAUAUGCCAGCAAACGGGGGGCCACGACACCCAGAUUUCGAUGCAGAGUAGAGAAAGUCCAGAGCAGAUCUUUGCCUUCCAGUCAACCUCUUCAAAAGUGUUGCUGCCUCGGAAACUGUGACAUGGAGAAAUCUUAAUUUUUUUGCAUAGAGAUAUAGGUUGAGAAAACCUCUGUGGCUCUUGUGUUUCUGGCAAAACUUAUCUGUUCUAGUGACAUUGCUUUGACCACGCGGUUCGAAAAGUUCAGAACCUGAUUGAAUAAUAAUGCAGUGACCUUGGUCUUUAAUGGCCACGUUCUUA